CUAAAACUCGUCUAUUUAAAAGCCUGCGCUCGCACUUUUUGAUCAAGUCUCCUUUCCCUCCAUUCUCUCCUUUCUCCUUUCUCCUUAAGUUUACACGUGUAGCCUUUAAGUGGCUAUUUUACUAAUGGGAACUGCCGAUGCUGCAAGCAAGGAUGUAACUGUUAGGUUGGCUGAGAAAAACCCCAUAGUGGUUUUUGUUUUAGGUGGUCCGGGUAGUGGGAAAGGCACCCAGUGUGCAAAUAUUGUGCAACACUUUGGUUAUACCCAUCUGAGCGCUGGAGAUCUUCUUCGAGCAGAAUGUAACUCUGGUUCUGAAAAUGGAACCAUGAUUCAAAACAUGAUGAAUGAAGGAAAGAUUGUUCCUUCUGAGGUAACAAUUGAGCUUCUUCAAAAAGCAAUGUUGGAAAGUGGUAAUAACAAGUUCCUAAUUGAUGGUUUUCCUCGUAACGAAGAAAACCGUGCAGCAUUUGAAGCUGUUACUAAGAUUGAGCCGGAGUUUGUCCUGUUUUUUAAUUGCCCUCAAGAAGAAAUGGAGAGGCGUAUUCUGAACAGAAACCAGGGAAGAGAAGAUGAUAACAUUGAAACAAUAAGGAAGCGAUUUAAGGUGUUUGAAGAGUCCAGUCUUCCUGUAAUUGAGUACUAUAAGGCCAGGGGGAAGGUUCGAGAGAUUGAUGCUGCGAAAUCCAUUGAAGAGGUGUUUGAUGCACUUAAAGUUAUUUUCACCACAACAGUUGGGAAGGUGGUCACCACCUAGGUGUUGCAACACUACCUGAGAUAAAAGAGCAAUUAAAUAGAGGCUGGACACGUGUUAAUUGCUACCAUCGGGUAGGAGCUGCCUCUUACAUUAAUAAAAGAUCCACUUAUGUUACAACAGAAGAUUAUUUUCAUUCAAACUUGAACCGCUAGUGAAAGCAAAAGAUCUGCUGACAACAAAUUUUCCUUUUAGUGGUUGGCAUUAGCACCAUUGCUUGAAUCCUUUAUAAGAUUGAAGCUUGAUAGAACUUAGUGUAGUUUUAUGUCACUUAUUCAAUCCAUCUUCCUGAAGAGCAAAGAUCUAUAUUCAUGUUAAUUGAAGUAACAAUCCAGAACAAAAGAAAUAAAGAAGUUGGAGAGAGAGAGAGAGAGAGAACAAGGAGAUAAAACUCACAUUAUCACUAACAAAUUUCUCUGAGUUAUGGCACUUUGAGGAGAAGUUCACAUGCUCCUGGUGUAUAUUGGAAGUACAUGACGUUGAUGGAAAUUCCACAGCAUCUGUUCACUUUUCAGGUAGAUGUUGCAAUGCUGUUGACUGCUUCAACUUGAUCUUCUGUCCUUUUUGUAUUUGUACUUAUUCACAUCUGAUUCUUUGUUAAGUCCAACAACAUUGCCACCCUUUACUUUCCUGUUAAUGUCAUAAUAAUUUCCUUUUGA